AUGUCGCCUUUAUUGAAGCAGUACUUGAACAAAGACAUAGUGGUAGUGACCACAGCUGGUGAAGUGAUGCAUGUCGUUUUGGAUGGUUACGAUAAAUACACAAACCUUGUGGUCAAAGAAGGAGACAAGAUCAGACUUCUGCGAGGUAGUGAGAUAGUUGUGUGCGGGUUGUUAGAAGAUGCAAAAGCACUAGAAGGGCUGCCGAUGGAUUCACAUGUCUAUAAGGACACGAAGAAUGUUAUCAAGGAUGAGUAUCUGAUAUGGGAAGCUGUAAAUAAGAAACAUCAAUCUACACAUAAGAAGAGGAAACUCAAAUGA